AUGAGUUUUUUUAACCUGGACCGAUUCCGCUUUCAAAAAGAUAAAACUAGUGCAAGUGUAACAUCACUGACUUCAUCUAAACCAGAGCAGCGCAGACUGGAGGAUAAAUCCAGCUCAGAUAAAGAGAAUAUCCUGGUGAGCAAAGCAAAACCAGACGGAAGACGAGGAGGAAGAGGUAAAAUCUCCCGGCAUGCAUUAGAAGACGUGUCCUCUGAUGAUGAGCCCCUUAAGAAGUCAAAGCAAUCAGGGAAACAGCCGUCAGCAAAGACGACCAAGGAGUGUGAGAAGCAGACAAAUAUGGAAAUGGAUAAAGUGGCCAAACUGUUAGAAAUGUUCCCUCAGAGGAGCAAAAGUGAGCUGUUGGAGGUACUUAAGCAGUCGAGUACACUGGAUGGAGCUGUCGCAUAUUGUUUGGUGACAUUUGGGGAUAAAGGUUCAUCCAAGACUAGAGGUAAGGCUGCACACAGUGAUGAUGAUGAUGAUGAUGACGAUGAUAACGACGACGACGACGACGACGGCUGUGAGGUUCAACCAAUGAAACGUAGAAGGUUUAAAGAAUCUGAGUCUGAUGAGGAGUCUGAGGAGGAAAGCCAAGAGCCGAGCAGAGAGAAGCAGAAGGCUCUGCUGAUCAAAUUGAAAAAGAAACUACCAGAAAUUGAGGAGACACUGCUGAGGGACGUUCUGAGAGAACAUGGCUGGGAUUUUACAAAUGCCUGGGAAUCUUUACGCUUACUUUCAUCAGAACAAGAGUGCAAGCCGAAAGCAUCUCGAAAGAAUCUGAAUAAUUCAACACCAGCAAGAAGCAACAUCAAGAACAAUGAAGAUGCAAAACCAAAGCCAAGUAGUCUGUCAAGAUGGUUGUCAGUAAGCAAAUCUCCAGCAGAAACACACAACCCAGCAAAGCAUUCCACUUCAAGAGCUACCAAAAUAGCUGACCCUAAGCCUAUGAGAGCAAAUGUGGCUAAACCAAAACCAGAGCAAAACAGUGACUUGGAUGAUGAUGAUGAUAAUGAAGAAGAGCCUGACAGUGAAGUCGAGAGUGAUUCAGAUGACUGUGACUCGGAAAGUGGUGAUGACGUGAAUGCCACUGUCAAGGACCAGAUAUUGCGGUUUCUACAGGAGGCCUCAUUAGAUGAACUGACGUUAAUAUCUGGCUGUUCGCUGAAAAAAGCCCAAAAGAUUAUUUCACUGAGACCCCUUUACACAUGGAAGGAUGUGAAUAAGCAUUUCCACAAGGACAAUGGUUUGUCUCUGGACUUGGUGCAUGGUUGUAAGGAUGUCCUGAAGGAGAGGCAGGUCCUAAAGCAGCUCAUGACCAGAUGUAAAAGCAUAGCUAAGAAAAUGACCAAAGAUGUCACUGAGGUCAUAGAGAAUGGCAUGGACUCUAUAAAACAGCCAUCAGUCCUCAAUAAGAAGUUUAAAUUACAGUCAUACCAGUUGAUAGGUUUAAAGUGGCUUAUGCUUCUACACCAGCACAAUCUCAGUGGAAUCCUGGCUGAUGAGAUGGGUUUGGGAAAGACAAUUCAGGCAAUUGCUUUUCUGGCUCAUCUCUAUCAGAAAGGAUUUACAGGUCCUCACCUCAUUACUGUACCCUCUUCCACUCUGGAUAACUGGGUAAGAGAGCUACAGUUGUGGUGCCCCAGUCUCAAGGUGAUUGUUUACUAUGGUUCAGUGGAGGACCGUAAAUACCUGCGCCAUGAUAUUCUCAACAAUCAAGUACAGUUCAACGUCAUAGUGUCUACAUAUAACCUAACAAUCGGAAAUGAAAGCGACAGGAGUCUUUUCCGCAGGUUAAAGCUUCAGUAUGCACUGUUUGAUGAGGGUCACAUGCUGAAAAACAUGAACUCGCUACGCUACCGUCAUCUUAUGUCUAUUAAUGCUGACCAGAGGUUGUUGCUCACUGGAACUCCUUUACAAAACAAUUUGCUGGAACUGAUAUCUCUGCUGAACUUCAUCAUGCCCUCCAUGUUCUCAAGCAGCACUUCAAAGAUUUCCAAGAUGUUUUCUACGAAAUCAUCAGAAGAGGAGAGCAGUUUCCAUAAAGAGAGAAUUGCCCAGGCUAAGCUCAUCAUGAAGCCCUUCAUCUUGAGACGAGUCAAGAGUGAGGUGCUCAAAGAAUUACCAGCCAAGGUGGAGAAGAUUGAAAUGUGUCCCAUGAGUGAUGCUCAGCAGCAACUCUAUGAUAAACUUUAUGGCAGGCUCAAGAAGACUGUAAAUGGAGAGAAGCGAGAGCUUAGCAACGUGAUGAUGCAGCUAAGAAAGAUGGCUAAUCAUCCACUUCUACACCGGCAAUACUAUACCACUGAGAAAUUGGCUGCCAUGAGUAAAGCUAUGCUAAAGGAGCCGACGCAUUUUGACGCAAACCCUGCACUGAUUCAGGAAGACAUGGAGGUGAUGUCAGACUUUGAGCUUCAUAACCUGUGUAAAGAGUACAGCUCCAUUAGCAGCUUCCAGCUGGACAAACAGCUUCUUAUGGACUCCGGAAAGUUCUCCCUGCUUACUAAGCUAUUGGCCAAGCUCAAAAAGAAGGGUGACAGGGUGGUGCUCUUUAGUCAGUUCACCAUGAUGCUGGACAUUGUGGAGAUUCUGCUAAAACACCUCGGUCACCAGUAUGUUCGACUCGAUGGCUCCACACCUAUGGCAGAAAGAAUUGGCCUUAUUGACGAAUACAACACAGACCCAGAAAUAUUUGUCUUCCUUCUGUCGACGCGUGCCGGUGGUCAGGGGAUCAAUCUCGCCUCUGCUAACGUAGUAAUUCUACAUGACAUCGACUGCAAUCCUUUUAAUGACAAACAAGCAGAAGACCGCUGUCAUCGAAUGGGGCAGACCAGGACUGUACAAGUUAUCAAACUGGUUAGUAAAGAUUCCAUUGAGGCCUGCAUGCUUCGUGUAGGGCAAGAAAAGCUCAAACUUGAACAAGACAUGACUACUGAUGAAGGUGAAGAGGGAGUCAUGUCUGAGCAAAUGGCUGAGCUGCUAAAGGUAUCACUGGGUCUUUGACAAAAGUGAAAAAAAACAUUCAUGCCUUAACAUUUCAUAUUUUACUCAAAUAAACAGAGCAACUAUUACACAUAUAAGCAUACAAUCUAGACCAAGAAAUCCAUGUAUUACUUUAUUUUUGUAAAUUGUUCCUGGACACUUGAUAAAUGGUGUUUUUAGCUAUCCAAGAAAUAGCAAGCAAACGUUUAUAUCAGGGUUUAUAUGGGUACAACAUGACAAUGUUUACUUCACCUUUUAUAUACUGACUACAGCACUUCCAAGUGAAUCCAAAUACUGGGUUCACAUGGUGACUGGCUCUUAACAUAUUUUUUUAUGUACUGUGGUUGUGUACAUGUUUUAUAUAUAUUGUUGUAUGUGUUCCUGUCAAAUAAACGCAGUUUAUAGUA